AUGAAUCCUUUCAGCUCCAUUCUCCUGCUUCUCUUCUUCUCUAAUGCUCCGUUCGGGGAACCCGCAGAAAGAUAUUUCCCCCUCUGGAACCCUCGACACACAGGUGACCAUUUCAAAUACCUGGCCAGCCCGGCCCACUGGGAUCAAGCCAUUCCUUGCUCGGAAAGCAAGCCCAGCCCUGGGAAGGCAGAACCGAGAUGCAAGCCACCGGAAGACAGCCAGGACCAGCUGGAGCAAGGGAUCCAUCCAGCCAGGAGCAGAGCCAUCUCUGUCCCCCAGGGCUCGCUGCUCGUGGAGCGGGAGAAGGAUCUCUCUGCCUACAACUGGAACUCGUUUGGCUUGAGAUAUGGCAAGAGGCAAGCAGACACCGGGGAAGCCAAGGUGAAAAUAUUGUGA